AUGAGUAUGAAUAAUGGACAGAGAAAAGAAAUGCCUUGUAAUUGGUUAUUAGUUGGAGAGAUCCGUUUCUGUAAAAAUUUAACACAAGAGCAAUAUUGUGCCUCUCAUGCAUUCAAAAUACGAAAGGGCGUAAUAAUCCCACAACCAUGUAAAGGAUGUAAACGAGGCACUAAAUCAAGCGUUCAGCUUUGUGUCCAAUGCGAACAAGAAGAUAUUGGGACUAUAUAUGUCAGUGAAUUUGAGCUGGAUCCCUUAGCUGACUUCUACUAUCCAGCCUUAAUUCCGCCCUUAUCUAUCUUAGCAAGUAGAUCAGAUAUUCCCUAUUACUCUAGACUCUGCUGUUGA